CACCGUAAACACGUUCUGUACGGGAAAGCCGGCUGCUGGAGACGCGAUGCCAAUAACACUGCUGGGAGAGAGCUGGCAGUUGAUUAUUGACGAAGCAACCCGGCAGAGCCAUGAUCCAGCACAACUGAAAUGUCACAUUGCCAACCGAGCAAUUUACAAGCGCCUUCUUCAAGAACGGAAGUGUUCAGAAGUAGCUACCGAUAAUCAGAGUUCUGGUGGCAAUAAAGGAAAUGAGCGGUCAUCGUCGGUCGAGGAUGCAGAGCAGAGUCGGAAGCGACCCCGGUCGCCGGAUCCGACCCUCCAGGGUCCCGAGACAGAUGCUGGAGAUGUGUCCGCUGUCAGCGGAAGCAAUCAUGCCGAAGAGGGGGUUACCGCUUACGGUCAUCCGGCGCCUGGGUUCGAUAUUGCAAACGAGUUCGUGCAAGAAGACGAUGUUGCUGCUACAGCGGCCGCCGCGAAGAAAAAGCGCCGCUGCACGAAGCCGCCAACUGCUGAAAGCGGAAGGGUUUUGCGAUCGAAAUCAUCGAAAGUUUAA